AGCGAUUAUAUCACGUGACACAUGUAAAACAAAUCUACCGAGAUGGCGACUGCUAUGUAUCUGGAACAUUACUUGGAUAGUCUUGAGUCCUUACCGACAGAACUGCAAAGAAAUUUCAACCUGAUGAGAGAUCUAGAUCAGAGAUCACAAGACUUAAUGAAGGACAUAGACAUAUUGGCUGAUGACUAUGUAGUUAACGUUCGUGGCAUGACAACGGACAAAAGAACAGAACACCUUGAUUCAAUCACAAAUCUGUAUUCCAAGAGUAAAGAGUUUGGAGAUGACAAAGUUCAGUUGGCAAUGCAGACAUAUGAAAUGGUUGACAAACAUAUACGAAGGCUUGACGCAGAUUUGGCAAGAUUUGAGGCGGACUUAAAAGAAAGAGGAUCUUCAAAUGUUUCCAAUACAGAUUCUGAUUCUGGAAAGAAAUCAAAUAAAGACAAAGACAAGAAAAGAAAAUCUAUGAAAGACAAAUUUGAAGAUGAAAUUCCCAGAAAGAAAAAGAAAAAAGGACAAUCAGUACCUGAAGAAGAGGAGGCCCAAACACAAGUCACCAUAAUCCCACUACCUAUAACACAUCCCUCCGACGUCCUUGACAUGCCGGUCGACCCCAAUGAACCUACCUACUGUCUCUGUCAUCAAGUGUCCUACGGGGAAAUGAUCGGCUGUGAUAAUCUUGAGUGCCCAAUUGAAUGGUUCCACUUUGCCUGUGUUGGUUUAAAGACGAAACCAAAAGGCAAGUGGUUCUGCCCGCGUUGUACAGAAGAGCGGAAGAAGAAAUGACCGACGUUGGUGUUAUAGGAUUCUCUAAUACAGGUCUCUCCUACGAAUGAUGGCACCGUGACUUGUUGAACACGACCAGGGGGUGAUCCCCCAGAACAUUAUCACCAUUCACCUUGGUUAGAUUCAUCAUGUUCUGCUCAUCUCUCGAAUGUGUUUUUCAAACAUGUUGAGAUUUGGCAAACAAAGAAGAAAACAUCACCCUACAUCAUAUCUCGCACCUUCCCCUACCAUCAUACACCAUCAUCCAGUGGUGUGCUAUAGUGAGAAGUCCCAUUGGGGGUGAAAGAGCUGGAGACAAUUAGGUGUCAUUGUACCACAUAUACUGUCAAAUCCCAGCUAUAGCUUAUCCCUAGAAACUCAUAUUAUAACUUGUAAUACAAGUAUAAUGCAUGUUUUGGAAAUCUUGUUCUCAUUUCAAGCCGGUUCCAGCAAAAGUAUCUUGCUAUUCUUCAAUUUUGAGCUGGCUUGUUUGUUUGUUUUUAAUGUGACAUUAUAGCAUGUGAACAUUCAAACAGAUGUUCUCUUCAAGUGAACAACCUAUUUCAAAAUUUAGUAAGAACACUGAUGACCAAAACCAUUUUACUGGUUCCUAGUUCACAUUAUCAACAAGUAUACACAUUUACUGAUAAUUGAUAAGUAGAUAUUUUUAUAAAUUUUAGCAUUUAUAUUUAUCAUUACUGACCUUAUAAUAUUACAGGAAAUUCUCUAAAAUAUGGUCUCUACACAAAAACAAAAUGACAAUGUGUAUGCUAUUUGUUUGUCAAGUUAAAAUAGUUCAAGUUUUAAAAUAUUUUUAAUGCAUAUAUUCAUUUAAAACAUACUCUGUUUAAAUUGAACUCACAGACAGUAUUGUGUUUAAUUUGAAUACAAUAUGUUUGCAGUUUUUGAAGUGAUAUCUAUCUGGUUAAUUUUCACCAUAUUCGUCUUCUCAAAAUAUAAAUUCCUUUUAAGAGAAAAAACUGUGUAAAAGAUGUUAAGUAUAAUUUGAGUAAUGCAUCACCUGUUUAGUAUAAUCCUCCCAUCAUCCCAUCACCUUCACAUAACUAAUACCAUAGGACCACCAUCUACUUCAUUGUUAUACAUUAUUCCGUCAUGCCAUAGGACCACUAUCUACUUGUUAUAAGGUUUUCACCAUUCAGUACUGGGCUCAUUGUUGUGGACAAGUAUUAUUAUUUAAGAAGGUAAUAAUUAUACAUUUAUACAUUGAAGCAAUCACAUUUGUAAUAUCCAUGUUAUUAAAUUUUGAAAUUAGGAAAAAUGAACAGCGUUGUGAUGGAGCUUGGUCAAGACCUUGGGACAAAGCAAUACAUUAAUUUACAGGUACAUUCAACACAAUUUGUCCUGUUUGGAUGCCGACGUGAAUUUGGUUUGUAAUUUCUACAGAACUGAUUAUAGAAAGGGGCUGUAUCAGUUCCUUUUAUAAUGGUUCACUGGUAAAUCUAGAUAGGUGCUUUAGAAUAGUAGUUUAGUUUUUUUCCUAUUUUAGAUAUAACAAGUUGCCCUUAAUUAAUGAUAUUAAGCACUUAUAAUCUAGAUCGAAGUGAAAUUGGAAAUAGACUGAGACUCUUCCCUCAAUUGUUUUUAAUGCAUCAGAAUUGGCUGUAUGGUGUUGGUGAAUAUUGUUGUGUUUGAAUAAUUGUUAUUUGUUGCAAUGUUAGAUUGUAGAUUUACAGCCUUGCCUACAGCCAUUCUGUCAUCAAAGUUUUUACUCCAAUGGUAUUGAUAGUUGAGACGAUUGUAAAGAGUUUUUUGUCCGGAUCCUCGUACCACUGCCAAUAAGGACAGCAGUACAUUGGUAACUUUUACAGCAUCACUUUAGCUUGGAUAGGUCCUCGUACCACUGCCAAUAAGGACAGCUGUACAUUGGUAACUUUUACAGCAUCACUUUAGUUUGGAUAGGUCAUCUCCGAAAAAGAAAGAAACAUUCCUUGCAAAGCUUUUAUGAAAAUAUAAUGCAGUUGAUAUAAAGAAACAUGAAUCACUGAGUUAUAAAAAACAACGAGGCCAGAUCAAGGAGCUGCCUUGUCAGGGAUAAUACCCUGCCUAGUCACAUUAUUAUAGCCCAAACGAAAUUGAGGAGAGGUAACUGGUCUGGAUGUAAAAAAUAAUUCUGUACAAUUUCUAGUGUUUUGUCUGCACUUAGAGCAGUGGGACAGGGAUCCUUAAAAUCUUGUUCGCUAUUAACGACAUAGUGGAUACCAUGUUUAUUUUAUUUCUUUGAUACUCUACAAUUACACAGAUAAGUGUAAUGUUAGCUGCACAGUUCACCCACAUGAUAGUUCAGUUCAUAUGUCAGUGCCAAUACAUGUGUAAAGAUGUACAGAUAAUUGUAGAACUAGAUUUAUUUGAUACUGAUUAAAUCAGUGAUUUUAUUUAAUAUUUAAAUCUUUUUAUUCCAAUCAUAUUAUGUUAAUAUGUAACACAUUUAAAUCUGACUGAGUUGGCUCUUUCAGUUCUAUAAAGGUUCAAGUUGAACUUAAGACCUAAAGUAUUAAAUGUAUGUCACACCGGUGUUGGGUCUGCAUGAAAAAGAAGCACGUUUUCUUUUUAAAAAAUAUCUUUUCUUUUUCGCUUAUAUUGUAGUUCUUUAUAAACUCAACAUAUCCCAAUGAAAGUCCUCAAUAAUAUUGCACUUUUCUCAAACUGGUGUUAUUACCUCUAUACAGUUAUGCCUACAUGGUUUCAUAUUUAAUGCAGCUUAAGAUAAUAGAAAUCAAUAUACUGUAUACUUCGUUAUAUUGCGGGGGAAUCAUUUUUUGCCUUAUUUGCGUUAACUAAAGAUUGCGCAAAUUUAAAUAUGCAGCAAAUAUCAAGACCCUGAAUGAUAAGUCUCCGUGAAAAUAUAUACAGAUGCAAAAGAAAAAACCUAUUGCCAAAUAAUAAAGAAGAUAAAACCACUUGAUUUUGUGUUUUACUCUAUAAAAUAAAUCCUAUCACCCUAAUACAAAAGUACCCUAAUAAGUGCAAUACUUUAACUUGGCCAUGUUGUGCAAAAUUUAAUUCCCACAAUUAGUUUUAUUAGGGACAACCCCUAAAUAUUAGCCCUGUGAAAUUAAACACAGUAGAAUUUCCUUGAGAGAGUAAUUCAUUGCCACAGAAAGUAAAAGUUUAUAAAUCAAAGUUAACUUUUUCACUCUUUGUACAUAAGGUAGUUUCACGGUCAUGAAGUAUGCGUUUGAAUCUCAUUAAAUUGUGAUUACAUGUCAUUUCCAUAUUGUGGAGCUCAGUUUGGUUUGGUUCUCCUGUCCUUGGUGUGAAUGUUAUUAGUAUUUGAUGGCACUUUAUCAUUUAAAUCUCAUAAGGAUUGUUCCUCGUCUACAUCUCCUUAUCUUGUGUGACUCUUCAUUAAAAAAAAAUGUUUCAAAAUCAACAGGAGUAUUUAUAGAAUGGUUUGACUCUAUCAUAACUGUUCAACUCUGAUUUUCUAAUUAAGCUGUCACUCAAAGAGUGCAGUGUAGACUAAGCCUAGGAAGUUACCGACUUCACCUACUCGACCACAAUCCAUGUGCAUUCAAUUUGUUGGUACUUGUAAGUAACAACCUGUAUUAGUCCCAGUAUGUGUAAAGAUGAUACUCUCCACAUUUUAUAAGCAUAUUAAGCAGAGAAGUGCUAUCUCUUUAAAACACUUGUUACGGGAAAAUGGCUAAUAAAUUAAGUAAGUUUAGUUAUUAAAAUUGCAAUUACACUUCAGGUGAUUGCAAUUGUUGCCUAGGAAUCAUGCUGUUACAGUUGAAGUGUUCUUAUUUAGGAAAUGUCUUGUUUUAUUUGAAAAUAAUAUCAAGCAUUCAUACCAUUUUUAAAAGGACACACAAAUGUUAUAAAAAUAAUAAAUGCCAUUCUAACC